AUGCGCAGGGCACUGCAUGGUAGUAUUGUGCAUGUCGAGCAUGUUGUAAUUUUAUUGCGUCUUUCGGAAAAUGGAGAAUUUACAUUUGACAAAGCUCGGUCCAAAACACAUUUAGAGUGUUUCUAUUUAUUUCCACAGUUUACAUUGAACGAAAAACAAACACAAUUAAUUAGACCUUCCCUAAGCCCAAACAACAAUCAAAGUCCAUUUUUGUUGAUUAGUUGA